CCCUUCUUUACUCAUCAAAAGUCUAAGCAAAAUUGAUCUCCUAGAAUCGAUUUAUCGCCUUCUCGAAUUGUCGAUGGAGUCGGCGUGGUUCGAUGACCCCUCGCUAAGCCUCGACCUCACCGUUGGGCCCCUCCCGUCGCCCGAUCGAGCUACGAAAGAAAUGGAAAGCGAUCGCUUGCGUGUUCGAGGGGAUUCAGCGACGAAAGAAGAGGCCGAGAAUUUGGAAGAUAGGCUUAAUAAGAUGAACGAGGAGAACAAGAGACUUACGAAAAUGCUCGACGCGAUGUACGCGAGCUACACCGACCUCCACAGCCGCUUUUUCAGUCUCGCGAGCUUGUCGCCUUCUCCGAGAGAAGCGUCGCCCGGGAGGAAAAGGAAGAUCGACGGCCUCAACGUGAUCGUCGUCGACGACAAGCCUAACGGGAGGGCUAGCGAGCUCAUCGAGAGCUCCCCGAGCGACGAUUCGUGCAAGCGGUGGCGGGAAGAGCCCAAGUCCAAAGUCACGAAGGUUUACGUGCGGACCGAUCCCGCCGAUUCGAGCCUAAUGGUUAAAGAUGGGUACCAAUGGAGAAAAUAUGGGCAAAAGGUGACUAGAGAUAACCCUUCUCCUAGAGCCUACUUUAGAUGCUCUUUUGCACCUACAUGCCCUGUUAAAAAGAAGGUGCAAAGAAGUGCAGAGGACAAAUCAAUCCUUGUAGCAACCUAUGAGGGAGAGCACAACCACGGCCACCGCUCACCGGGCGAGGCGGCUAACGGGUCGGGCAAAAACGGGGCCCCGUACCCGUGCUCGGUCGCGAUCAGCCCCUCGGGCCCGAUGAUCACACUCGAUUUGACUCGGCAGGGGCCGUGGCCCGACGUCGCCAGAGCCUGCAGGGAGAUGGAGUCCCCCGAUUUCCGGAGGACUCUGGUCGACCAGAUGGCGUCGUCGCUGGUGAAGGACGCGAACUUCACGGCCGCGCUCGCCACCGCAAUCUCCGGGAGGAUCUUUCAGCAUUCGACGACGGAUUAGGACUAGAGUUUUCAGCAUUUGAUAUUUUGUUUUCAGCUUGUCGCGGACCGAAAGUAGUUCGUAUAAUGUGAAUAGAACUGUUUACAUCUUACAUCAUGUUAAGAAGAUCUCUCAACAAGAGAUUUGUUUAGCAAUAUAUACAUAUUGAUGUCAUUUGGUGGUAACAUCUAAUUUAAAACAGUGUUGCAUUUG